AUGGCCGACAAGGAGGAGCAGGGAGGCGGAGAGCAGGAUGAUGUUUCUUUUCUCCGAACGGGAGACAUCGUCUGCCUCUCUUGCCUCACCUCACACAGUAAAGAAGGAGUUCAAGGGUCAGAAAGAGUCUGCUUGUGCACAGAAGGUUUUGGUAACCGGAUGUGCACACUGGAAAACGUAGCGGACAAAGACAUCCCUCCAGAUAUUGCAAUGUGCAUGCUCUACAUUGAUAACGCACUGUCGAUGAGAGCAUUGCAGGAAAUGAUGUCAGCAGAUAGUGAUCAUAAAUCUGCGUCUGGUGCUGGAGGUCAUAAAACACUUUUGUACGGACACGCGGUACAAUUGAAACAUGUGCAGAGUGAAAUGUAUCUAGCCUGCCUUUCUUCGUGCUCUUCCAACGAUAAACUUGCUUUCGAUGUAGGAGUACAAGAAACUAAUGAAGGAGAAGCGUGUUGGUGGACCAUUCAUCCUGCUUCAAAACAGAGAUCAGAAGGAGAAAAAGUGCGCGUCGGUGAUGACGUCAUUUUGGUUUCAGUGGCCACUGAAAGAUAUCUACACAUGGCCUACAAUAAAGGCUACAUGGUGAUUGCCUCCUUUCACCAAACUCUUUGGAACAUUCAGUCUGUCAGUUCAGGAAGCAUGAGAACUCGAAAUAUGGGAUUCCUCUUCGGAAAUGAUGUACUUCGGUUGUUUCAUGGAAACGAUGAAUGCUUGACAAUUCCUGAAAAUUGGAGUGAGCAUCCACAACACAACAUGGUUAUCUACGAAGGAGGUGCCGCAGUGACUCAAGCCAGAUCGCUUUGGAGAGUAGAACUAGUACGAAUGAAAUGGCACGGAGCGCUAGUCGGAUGGGAACAAGUAUUCCGAAUCAAGCACAUCACAUCUGGACGGUAUCUCGGAGUUCUGGACAACGCCGUUCAGUUAUAUCACAAGGAAAAGGCUGAUUUUGAUCUGACAGCUUUUGUGAUGUGUCAGAAUAAAGAUCCGAAGAAGCAGAUGCUUGAAGAAAAAGAAGAGGAAGGAAUGGGAACUGCCACGAUAAGAUAUGGAGAGACCAAUGCCUUCAUUCAACACGUGAAAACUCAAUUGUGGCUUUCUUAUCAAACAACGGAAGUGACGAAGAAAGGACUCGGAAAAGUGGAAGAGAAGAAAGCAGUUGCAUUGAAAGAUGGACAUAUGGAUGACUGUUACACGUUCUUUAUGGCUCUAGAGGAGGAAUCAAAAUCUGCUAGAGUCAUCAGAAAGUGUUCAUCAGUUCUCAAUAAAUUCCUAAAAGGAAUCGAUGCAUUACGGGAGCUAGGAAAUCAAUCACCUGACUGGACAAGAGUAGAUCUUAAUGAAGUAUUAAAAUUGAUGGAAGAUCUCAUUGAAUACUUUGCUCAACCACAUGAAGAACAAGAAUUUGAAGAUAAACAGAAUCAUUUGAGAGCUCUCAGAAGUCGUCAAGAUCUUUUCCAAGAGGAAGGAGUUCUCAAUAUGAUUUUGGAUACUAUCGAUAAGUUCUCUCAGAUGGAAGCACUACCAGAUUUUGCGGGAUUAAUUGGAGAGGAAACUCAAAUCAUGUGGGAACAAAUCUCCACUUAUCUGUAUCUUCUGGUGGCUGCCAUGAUCAAGGGAAACCAUUACAAUUGUGCUCAAUUCGCUUCAGCACAAAGACUUGACUGGCUCUUCGGAAGAUUGAGUAAUCCACAAUCAGCAGAAGGAAUUCUUGAUGUACUGUAUUGUGUACUAACUGAAUCACCAGAAGCGUUGAAUAUGAUCAAUGAAGGACACAUUCGAUCUGUUAUUUCAUUGUUGGAGAAAGUGGGAAGAGAUCCAAAAGUACUCGAUGUGCUGUCUUCUCUUUGCGAAGGAAACGGAAUGGCUGUUAGAAGUUCACAGAAUCUCAUCACACAAUAUCUUCUACCCGGAAAAGAUCUUCUGUUACAAACAUCAAUGAGAGAUCAUGUAUCGAGUAUGAUGCCAAAUGUGAUGCUUGGAGUUGUCGAAGGAUCAGCUCUUUUCCGAAAAUGGUACUUCGAAGCGGAAGUGGAACACAUCGAAACGAUGACCAAACAAGCUCCAUAUCUUCGUAUUGGAUGGGCCAACAGUGUUGGUUUCAAACCGUUUCCCGGAUCUGGAGAUAAGUGGGGAUGCAAUGGAGUUGGAGACGACUUUUACUCGUAUGGUUUUGAUGGGAAGUCGAUGUUCUUCGGUGGAAAAUCUAGAGUUGUUGGGCAUAAACUUCUCGAGAAAGGCGAUGUCAUUGGAUGCUCCAUUGACUUGACUAUUCCCGAAAUCAGAUUCAGUGUCAACGGAACAUAUAUGAGUGGAACAUUCAAGAAGUUCAAUAUCGAUGGAUACUUCUUCCCAGUUAUGUCACUGUCUGCCAAAGUUUCCUGCCGAUUCAUUCUUGGUGGAAAUCAAGGAAGACUGAGAUACGGACCACCAACUGGAUUUUCUGCAGUGGUCGAAGCAGUUAAUGGAGAGUUGGGUAUCUCGGAUUGUCUAUCGUUCGGUGAUUUAGGAAAAAAUAUUUUCUGUGGUCCACAAACGAUUUUCAACAAUUUGGAGCCAUUCAUUCCUACUCCAAUCGACGUUUCGACUACCCAAUUGACGCAUCAUGCAAUCGAAAAACACCAUAGUUACGCAGAAAAUCUUCAUGAACUUUGGGCGAUGCGAAAAAUUGAACUUGGAUGGUCUUACGGGGAGAAUAGAUCGGAAACUUCGAGAAAACAUCCAUGUCUCACUAAAUUCGAACUGCUACCAGAAACAGAGAAGAAGUACAAUAUCAUGCUUGCAUUGACCACAAUGAAAACAAUCGAAGCUCUUGGAUACCAUCUUAUUACUGAUGAUCCACCAUGCAGACUGAGAGCAGUUCGAUUGGGUCCCAACUUCCAACAACCAAAUGGAUACAAACCAGGACCAUUGGACACUCACGAGAUUACACUCCCAGCUGAGCUCCAACCACUCACUGAAGCACUCGCAAGGAAUACUCACAACGUAUGGGCAAAGGAGAAGAUCAAGAGAGGAUGGACAUUUGGAUUGAGUGAACAUGUGGAUGCAACACAGAAAAGAUCUCCACAUCUUGUCCCUUAUGAACAGGUUGAUGAGAGAAUCAAGCAAGCGAACAGAGAAUCUGCUGCUGAAAAUAUCAAAGCUCUACAGUUAUUCGGUAUUUUUUUGGAGCCACCAGCACACGAACAUGAUGAAAUUGCUGAGAAGGAGUUGAGAGCAAGAAAAGACAAUACCAGAACUUACCGUGCAGAAGCCACGUAUGCAGUCAACGGUGGAAAAUGGUAUUUUGAAUUUGAAAUUUUGACUGCUGGUUUCAUGAAGAUUGGAUGGAUGGACAUCGGAUCAACUCCAGAAAUUCAACUUGGUGCAGAUGAUCGAAGUUAUGCUUUUGACGGAUAUCUCGGAAGAAAAUGGCAUCAAGGAGCAGAAACAUACGGAAAAGAAUGGAAGAUUGGAGAUGUUGUUGGAUGUUUCCUGGACUUGAACGACCGUACCAUCAGUUUCUCACUCAACGGAGAGCUUCUUCUUGACCCAUCUGGCUCCGAAAUGGCAUUCGACAAUGUUGUUUGUGGGGAUGGUCUUGUUCCCGCAAUGACACUUGGAAGUGGUCAGAGAGGUCGACUCAACUUUGGACAACAAUCAAACUCGCUGAAGUUUUUCACCACGUGUGGUCUCCAAGAAGGUUAUGAGCCAUUUUGUGUCAAUAUGUAUAGAACAAUGCCGAUGUGGUUUGCAAAGCAACUACCGAGAUUUGAGGAUAUCUCUACAUUGAAAUCUGGAUCAAUUCUGGAAGUUUCAAGAUUUCCCGCUACUGGAAACAGUCCACCAUGUUUGAAGAUUCUUCAGAAAGUAACAAUUUCGGAAGGAGGUCCAUCUGAGAAAGCGAAAAUGGAAUACAUCCGUUUAUCACUUCCAGUGAAAUGCAAUGAUACUUUUGUGAAAAACAAAGACAAAGAAGCGAUUCGUCGUCAGUUACAAGAUUAUAAGGAACGCUCCCAAUCAGUUGUCAGUCAAAUUCGUGCUCCUACAAUUCCAAAAGAAUUUGACGACAAUAAAGAGAAGAAGGGAUUCUUGAGAAGCAUGCUUGGAUCUAAGGAUUCUCAUGAAUCAGAUGACGACCGAAGAUCUCGAACAACUUCAAAACAGCCGAGUAUGGAAGGAGAUGAACCGCCAGCAGUUAGUCAACGUCGGCGUGUUCUAACCCUAAUGAACUUUGGUAUGUAUUCGUUCGAUGAAUCAAUUCUGACGUGGUUGCACGUCAACGAAGAGGAUAAUCACAAAUGGCAGGACGUGUUGAGACGAAGUCUCCUGGAACUUCCACACGAAGAACGUCAAAUCGCUGAAGAUCAUUUGAGAGAUAUGAGUGAUCGACAUGCUGAAAAACCAAAGAAAGGAGGUCUUCUCAGCAGACUUCGAGACUCGAGUAACACCAGAAAGAAUUUCAGAGAUAGUGAUAGAAGGAAAGAGGAUAAGGCUGCCGCAUUGAGACAAAUGAAAAGUAAUUCAAGAAGUUUUGAUGCUGGAAGUCUUGAUACGUCAACUCUUCCAACUGGUCAAAAGGAUGUACUGGAAGAAGAAUCAGAAGAGCAGGAUCCCAUUUGGGUUCUGCAAGAUCAAUUUCACGAGGAAGACACGGUGUCCGCCUCUAGCGAGAUGCCUCUAUCCGGACCAGGAAGACAGUUGACUAUCAAAAGAGGAUCGAUCAAGAAGAAUAAGAAGGGAAAGAAGGGAGAGCAUGCAUUGGAAAAGAUUGAAAGAGAAAAAAAAGGAUCAAUCAUCCCACCAGAAGCUCAAAUGGAUGUUCUUCAAGUUGGAGAUGGUCCAGCUCUUAUUGCUCUCAAAGAUAAAGUUGAUGAAUACUACUACGGACUUAGAAUCUUUCCUGGACAAGAUCCAUCUCAAGUUUGGGUUGGAUGGGUGACCACUCAAUAUCACUACUACAAUCUUAACUUUGAUGGAAGUCAAGGAGUAAGAAAAUGUAGAUUCUCUGAAGCUGAUCAUCAUGGAACUACUGUCGAUAGUGUGCAAUCACAAAAUUGUUAUAUGGUGAAUGUUUCUGAACUGCUUGCAACUACUCCAGAUGUAGCCAACACCAAAGUUUCUGGAACUCUGAUCGGUUGUAUCAUUGAUACAUCAAUUGGAGAAUUAAGUUUCCAAGUUGGAACAACUGAUACUGGAAUCAAGUUCAAACUGGAGCCAGGAGCAAUGUUGUUCCCAGCUGCGUUUGUAACUCCAACUGCAACUGAAGUCGUUCAAUUCGAGCUUGGAAGAGUAAAAUUCACAUUUCCAUUGUCUGCAGCUAUGUUCAAGUCCUGCGAAAAAUCAUUGGUUCCAUUCUGUCCUCCACGAUUGACUGUUGAACAAAUCGAGUCAAUAUACUGGGCACGUGUGCCUAAUGAAACACUCAGGACAACUGCAUUGAAACUAUCAGAAGUCAGAGGAUGGUCGGUUCUUUGCAACGACCCGGUUCGAAUCAUGUCGGUGUACAUUCCGGAGAAAGACCAGUCACUUGACAUACUGGAAAUGAUUGAAAUGCCUGAUAUGCUGGAAUUCCAUCGACAAACUUUGAAUCUUUACUGCAAAUUAGCCAGUCAUGGAAAUCAUAAAGUAGCUCACACAUUAUGUCAACAUAUUGAUGAAGAUCAGAUUAUGUAUGCAAUCAAAUCGCAUUACUUGUCUGGUCCAAUGCGUCAAGGAUUCCAUGAUUUGUUAAUUGGUCUUCAUUUAAUGAGUCACACAGCAGCCAGAAACAGUAUGGCGAAAGAAUAUGUGAUUCCACUGGUUCCACAGCUUCAGAUAAAGAAUGUACUUGAUCCGGACAGUGAAUCCAGAUAUCCACAAAUAACUGGACAAUCUGUUUCGAUGUUAUCCCAAAUGGCAUCCGAACCAGUCAAGAAACAUAUCUCUAGAGAAGAAGAAAUGAAGCUCCUCCCACCAUCAGUUGAUUUCGAAGCGUUGAAAAAACAUGUAAUGGAAUCACUUCAAUCAGCCACUCAUCAUGCUGUAAUGAACUGUAGAGAUCUGAUUGGAGGAGAUAAUACUAAUCAUUUCGAACCACUCUUCAAAUUAUUCGAUCAACUUCUAGUCAUAGGAUUGAUCAAUGAUGAAGAGCUUGAAUGUCUUCUCCGUCUGAUUCAUCCACAAGCAUUCGAUGAAAGUUAUGAGAACGGAACUACACAGAAAGGACUCACCCAACUGGAACUCGCUGAGCCAGUCAAGCUUCAACUCGUGAGCAUUCUUGACCAUCUUUGUGAUAUUCAACUUCGUUAUCGUAUUGAAUCACUUGUGGCAUUCACUGAAGGCUUCGUAGGAGAAUUACAAUCAGAUCAAUGUAAAAGAUAUAUGGAGAUCAAGCAAACUGACAUGCCACCAGCGGAAGCUGCGAAGAAAACGAAAGAAUUCAGAUGUCCCCCGAAAGAACAAAUGUUCCGUUUGUUGAUGUGUAAGGUGAAGGAGGAAAGAGAUCCAGAGAUCAUGGAAGAGGAUGUCGAUGUUGAUCAAUGUCCAAUGGCUGAAGGUCUACAGCAACAAUUGAGAGAUUUCUGUGAACUGUUGGUUGCAAAAAUUGGAAAUGCAAAGGAAGGAGAUUCAGAAGAGCAGCUAGCGUUGAUUGAGUCGGAAGAAGGAUCUUGGGUUGAUUCAUUUGCAAGAAUUGUCGUCAAAGUGCCACCUCCACUGCAAGAAGAAGGAAUGGAAAUGCAGAAAAAGGGAACCCAAAACUUCAGAGAAAUCAUUGUAACAAUGCUUCGGGAAUGGGCGCAAGCUGAUUUCAUCGAGAGCAAAGAUUUGAUCAGAUGCAUGUUCAAACUUCUUCUCCGUCAAUAUUCUGGAAUCAGAGAGAUCAGAGAUGCCAUGUCACAGGCAUAUGUAUUCCAUGAGAGAAAUGCGGAAGACGUAACAGAUUUCAUCGUGUAUCUCAUUCAAAUCCGUGAACUUCUUACUGUACAAUUCGAGCAUACUGAGGAAGCGAUUCUCAAGAGAGGACUCUGGAAGUUGAUGAACAACAGAAUCUUCUUCCAGCAUCCAGAUCUGAUGAGACUUUUGUCCGUUCAUGAAAAUGUAAUGUCUAUCAUGAUGAACAUUUUGACAGCUCAACAAGGAACAGUAGAGCAUGAGGGAGAUGAAGUCAAAGAGAAAGCACCAAUCAAAGAUGCGUCUGAAAUGGUUGUUGCUUGUUCAAGAUUCCUCUGUUAUUUCUGUAGAACUUCUCGUCAAAAUCAGAAAGCAAUGUUUGAACAUCUUUCGUUCCUUCUCGAUAAUGCAACCAUGCUUCUCGCCAGACCAUCAUUAAGAGGAUCCGUUCCACUUGAUGUUGCUUACUCAUCAUUCAUGGAUAACAAUGAGUUGGCACUUGCUCUGAAAGAAGAAGAACUAGACAAAGUAGCCGUCUAUCUAUCCAGAUGUGGACUACAACCAAACUCAGAACUCAUCACAAAAGGAUAUCCAGAUAUUGGAUGGGACCCAGUUGAAGGAGAAAGAUACAUCGACUUCCUUAGAUUCUGUGUAUGGAUCAAUGGAGAAAACGUUGAAGAAAAUGCUAAUCUUGUAAUCCGAUUGUUGAUUCGUAGACCAGAAUGUCUCGGAGUUGCGCUGAAAGGAGAAGGACAAGGACUGUUCUCAGCAUUUAAAGAGGCUAUUGCUCUAUCCGAAGACAUUCGACUUCUGGAAAAUGACUCUCAUCCUGCGAUGCUCACAUCAGGAUUAUUGGGAGAGAAUCCAACUUAUCCAUCGAAAGAAAUCGAAGGAGAAGACUACAUUGACUUGGGAGCAGCUACUCUUGAUUUCUACUCUAGCUUGGUUGACUUGCUAGCUAAAUGUGCUCCAGAUCCAAUGGCUAUUCAGGCUGGAAAAGGAGACUCACUUCGUGCUCGUGCGAUUCUGAGAUCUCUGAUUUCUCUGGACGACCUUGGUCAGAUCUUGGCUCUUCGUUUCACGAUUCCAAACUUGGCUGCUCCAUCAAUUGAAGCUGUCCGUCGUGCUAACGCCGUUCAGGCAUCUCACACCCAAAAAGCCGUAAUGGCACACACGUUUGCUAUGGUUGCUUCACUGGCGUCUGAAGUAUCCAACACCCGUCGAUCCCAAACGUUUACCUCUGGUGCCAACCUUGCAAGAAGAGGAUUGCCGUGUGUAGAGGAAGUAGAUACUGAUGACUCGAAAUCAUCUGAUUAUGCAUCGGUACACACGUCAUUUUCAAGUGGAAAUGAAUUAUUCGUACCGAAAUCGGAGAAGGAAAAAGCUGAACUUCAGUUAUUGAAUGAGAAGAAAUAUCCAAUUGUUCAAAGAAGAAGAUCCAGCAGAUACAAUCCGAUUGACAACACAGGACCACUGCCAGGUCUUCUUCCAAACCACAAGGGAUCAGUUCUACUUUUCUUGGAUCGUGUUUAUGGAAUAGAUCAACAAGACAUGCUCUUCCAUUUCCUCGAGCAAUCAUUCCUGCCAGAUCUUCGUGCUGCCACAAUGAUGGAUUCACCACGUGCUCUCGAAUCAGACACAGCUCUUGCCCUCAAUCGUUAUCUCUGCAAUUCAGUUCUCCCACUUCUCACUAAUCAUUCCCAUUUCUUCUCUGAUGCAGAACAUCAUUCUGCUCUUUUGGAUGCCACUCUUCAUACUGUAUACAGAAUGAAUAGAUUGAAGUCGUUGACCAAGAAUCAGAGAGAUGCAGUUUCCGACUUUUUGGUUGCCAUCACAAGAGAAUUACCACCAGCAAUGAUGAUCAAGUUGUUGAAGAAAGUUAUCAAUGACAUCUUGACAAUGAACGAUAUGAAUGUUCUUGUUCCACUUCGUCUUAUCACUCUUCAUUAUGAAAGAUGCGGAAAAUAUUAUGGAUCAGGAAACCAUUAUGGAGUUGCCAGCGAACAAGAGAAACGUCUUUCUAUGCUUUUGUUUGAUGCUAUCUUUGACACUCUUGGCAGCAGACCAUACGAUCCAGAACUCUUCGGAAAGGCUCUUCCAUGUAUGACAGCUAUUGGAUCCGCUAUUUCUCCAGACUACACUCUUACCAGUGGACUUGAAGAUGUUAGAAAUAAGAAACGAGAAGAAGAAGAAGGUGCUUGGAUCCCACGAACCGUCGAUGUCUCCCGUUGUGAAAUUGCAAGAGAUCUUGAGAAGAUGACUGAACUCUUCGCAGAACACUUCCAUGACUCCUGGGCGAGCAGAAAGCUCGAAAAGGGAUGGGUGCACGGAGAUCUUUAUUCAAGAGCCAAUGCCACUCAUCCACGUCUCAAACCGUUUUCAUUGCUUAAGGACUUCGAGAAAUCUUUCUACAAAGAGAGAUGUUCCGAGUGUCUGAGAGCAUUGAUGGCUUGGAAUUACAAAUUUGAGAUGAUUGACAGAGAUGCCAAUGAUAGAGCGUCCGCUGCUCGUGCAAUCUCAGGGACUUCCAUUUCCAACUUUUCUCCAAAACCAAUUGAUUUGAGUUCAAUGACUCUUGAGAAAGAUAUGGUUAAUGCUGCGGAGAAAAUGGCCGAACAUUCUCAUCUGAUUUGGGCGAAAAAGAUUAUGAACGAUCUGAAUUCCAAGGGAGGAUUCAUGCCAAUUCCUCUAGUUCCAUGGGAUUUGCUCACUGAUUUUGAAAGGAGAAAAGACAGAUUCCGAGCGUCGGAGAUUCUCAAGUUCUUGCAAUACCACGGAUAUCAUGUUGAGUGUCCAAAAGACGAACAAUCGCAAAAUGAUCGAAUGAAGAGUGAAGGUGAAAGAACGUCAGUUGAAAAGAGAUUCGCAUACAAUCUCCUCGAGAAACUCAUCACGUAUCUGGAGCAAGCCAGUCUGAAAAUGAAAUCAGUGAAACCAUCUCAAGAGUUGACAAGGAGAAACUCGUUCAAGAGGGAGGGACAAGACGUGAAAUUCUUCGAGAAGGUCGUUCUUCCAUUGAUGCAUGCUUAUUUCAAUGCUCACAAGAGUUACUUCUUGGAAGGAUCUUCGAUUGUGCAGACUGGAACUGCCAGUAACAAGGAAAAGGAAAUGGUUGCAAACUUGUUCUGUCGUUUGGCUGCAUUACUCCGUAUCAAGAACCGAGCAUUCGGAAGUGUUGCAAAAAUCACUGUGAAAUGUCUUCAAGGUCUCACACAAGCCCUUGACUUAAGAACUCUGGUCAAAGUGAACUCAGAUAUUGUCCGUACAUCUCUUCUCACAUUCUUCAACAACUGUGCAGAUGAUUUGUAUGCAGCUGUCAAUGAGCUCAAGAAGUAUAUCUACUAUUCUGAAAUCGAACAAUAUGAUGACGGAGGUCAAUACUCAUUGAUCAGAGGACAAGCUCUGAAGUCAUGGAACUCUUUCGAGUUUGCCAAUCAAAUGAUUGUUCCAGUGCUGACCACAAUGUUCGCUCAUUUGGCUAGAAAUCAUUUUGGAACUGAUCUUCUUUUAGAUGACAUUCAAGCCGCUUGCUAUAAAAUCCUCGAUUCUUUGUACAUGGUCACUGGAUUGAGCAGCUCUAUUUCUCACAGAAAGAGUAUUGCUGGUGAAAGUGAGAAACAUCGUCCUGGACUUGGUCAGUGUCUUGCUGCAUUUGCGUCUUGCUUCCCAGUCGCUUUCCUCGAACCAGAAUUCAACAAGAGCAACAAGUUCUCAGUUUUGGCAAAGUCUCAAGAUCAAUCCGUUCAAGUUCAAGAAAUGCUUCAAAACCUCUCGACUCACAUCCCACAUCUCGAAAAACUGUUAACAGAUCUUGAAACAGUUGCAAAUAACAACACGAUGUAUUCGGAUGUUCCAAAUGUCUACGAUGUUGAUCUUCCACUUAUGUGCUCUUACAUGGCACAUUGGUUCAGUGUCGGACCGGAAGGAAAGAGAGAUAAAGACGACCAGAGAGCUAGUGUUGUUCAGACAACCAGUGUCAGUUGUGAUCAUAUCAAUCGGAUUUUCAAUGCACUUCUGAAAAUGAUCAGGAAUCAUGUUGGAAUUGAGAACGCCCCAUGGCUUUGCAGAGUUAACUUCUUUGCUGUACAAAUCAUCCAAAAUGUCACCUCGGAUCCGGUCCGCGAAUUCGUUCUUCCUAUUGCUGAAAGAUUGAGAAGAAUGAGUGAAAAGGCUUAUAAAGAAGAGGAGCAUAUGAGAACACAUCCAGAUGAUGCAGAUGAAGGAACUGUUGCAGAGGACAACGCUCGUCUCGUCCGUGACACAUAUGCAUUCUUCCCUAUCCUCAUGAAAUACACCGACUUGCAUCGUGCUCAAUGGCUCAAAUCACCAACUUGGGAGACCGAUGGAGUCUAUGAGAAUGUCGCAGUCAUCUUCAGAAUCUGGAGUCAAAGUCAACAUUUCAAACGUGAAGAGCUCAAUUAUGUUGCACAGUUUGAAGAAGAUGCAGCGGCGAUGGGUGGAGGAGACAUGAAAACUGGAAAAGCAGCGAUUGCAGAAAGAAAGAAAAAGAGGAGAGAAGGACAGGAUAAAAUGAAAGAGUAUUUCGACAGAAACGGAAGACCAAUCAUCAAGAAAGAUAAACAUGCAGCAAGUAUUGUGAUCGCAUGUCUCAAAAGAUUGCUUCCAGUUGGGUUGAAUGUCUUUGGAGGAAGAGAACUGGAUAUCGUUCAACAGUCCAAAGAAAAAUUCAUCCAGAAAGAGACCGAAGAAAAGAUCCGUGAAUUCAUCAAAGGACUAUUGGAAAUCCCUGUGAAAACAGAUCCAACCGACAAGAAUGCUUGGCAACUGUCUCUCUACCGUAAAAUUGGAAAAUCUCAAAUGCGCGGAAAAGAUGAAAUGUCACAAGAAGCAGUGAUUGAGAAGAUCUUUAAUAUGGGACAAGUCAGCGCUAUUCUCCACACGAUAACUCGAACCAAGGAUCGACGUCGCCGUGCUCAUCACAGAUGGAAGAUGACUUCUCGAAUGGAGAAGGAAGACAUUUGGAAGAAAGUGCUUACAUUGCAAAGAAAACGAAUGGCUAUUUCUCUCAUCACCGCUUCUCAUUUGUACAAGACUGAACUACAUCGGGGUAUCAACUUCUUCCUUCCGGCUUUUUCAAGACUCUGGCUGGAAGAGGAGGAUGUUGGGCAAGAUCAAUUGAUUGCUGACAUUUGCUCUGGAGUUGAAGAGGAAGAAGGUCCAAGAAUUGAGAUCAUUAUGGAAGAAGGUGUUCCGAUUGUAGCAAGUUCCGAAGAAACAAAGGAGAAAGAAACAAAUCCAGAUCCUCUGAAACAACUGAUUCGUUGCUUCCAAAGAGCUGCUACAAGUGAAGAAACAGCUGCAUCUGCAAUCCACGAAGAUAGUCUAUACAUUAGAUUUGCUGAUGUGAUGGCCAAGUCAAUUCACAUUGAGGAAGAAGAUGGAGAUGAUGGAGAUGAGGGUGAGAUUGAUCAGGCUGCCAAAGAAGAACAAUCACAAGCACUUCGUGGUGAGCAAGCUGUUUUGGCUAGCCGUGGAGCUGCUAUCAUGUGUCUUAUGUAUUUAUCUGCUUCUGGUGGAGAACCAAAUGAAAUGGUUGCACAGACGCUUCAGUUAGGAAUCCAUCUUCUCAGUGGAGGAAAUGUGGAGAUUCAGAAGAUGCUCAUUGAAUAUCUUCAACUCAAAAAAGAUGUCAGAUUUUUCACUUCGAUGGCUGGUCUCAUGAAUAAGUGUUCUGUUCUCAACUUGGAAAUGUUUGAAAGACAAAUUAAGAACGUUGACGCCCAUGGCGCAAACGCACUGCUCUUACGUCACCUCUCCUCCAAAAUUCGACAUCGUUCGCGACAAGAUCGUCAGGGCGCACAGGCCGAAGGACUCGGAAUGGGAGCUGAACUUGCGUCUGGAGACAACCAGAACUUGAACGAUGCAGACUUCACUUGCUCACUUUUCCGUUUCUUGCAACUUACUUGCGAAGGACACAAUCUUGAAUUCCAAAACUACCUUCGCACACAGCCUGGACACACAACAAGUGUCAAUUUGAUCAACUGUACUGUCGAUUAUCUUCUUCGUCUCCAGGAAUCUGUCAUGGAUUUCUAUUGGCAUUAUUCCAGUAAAGAAGUGAUUGAUGAAGGAGGAAAAGAGUACUUCCUUCGUGCAAUUCAAGUUUGUAGUCAAGUCUUCAACACUCUCACGGAAUCGAUUCAGGGACCAUGUGUUGGUAACCAGAUGACAUUAGCCAACUCUCGUCUCUGGGAUGCUAUCAACGGAUUCUUCUUCUUGUUUGCUCACAUGAUGGAGAAAUUGUAUAAGAACUCGACUCAACUCGAACUUCUUCGUGAAUUCCUCAACUUGCAAAAAGAUAUGAUUGUUCUCAUGCUUUCUAUGCUUGAAGGAAACGUUUUGAACGGAUCAAUUGGUAAACAGAUGGUGGAUGCACUCGUUGAAUCUCAACCAUCUGUUGAAAAGAUCUUGAAGUUCUCUGAUAUGUUCUUGAAAUUGAAGGACUUGACAACAUCUCAAGCCUUCCAAGAUUUCGAUACCAAUCAAGAUGGAUGGAUUAGUCCGAAAGAAUUCCAACGUGCGAUGGAAAGUCAGAAGAUGUACACAGUGGAGGAUAUAACUUAUCUGAUGAUGUGUACAGAUGUUAACAAUGAUGGAAAAGUAGACUACAUGGAAUUCACAGAACGAUUCCACAAUCCUGCAAGAGACAUUGGUUUCAACUUGGCUGUGUUACUCGUGAAUCUGAAAGAACACAUCACAAAUGAUCCGAGACUUGAGAAAAUUAUCGAGAAGGCUCAGACACUGCUGGAAUAUUUUGAUCCAUUCCUCGGUAGAAUUGAGAUUAUGGGAUCAUCGAAAAGAGUUGAGAAGAUCUAUUUUGAAAUCCAAGAAUCUUGGUUGGAACAAUGGGGAAAACAACAAAUUAGGGAUUCGAAGAACUCUUUCCUCUUCAAUGUACUGCAAGAUGAUGGUGGAGAUCAAGGAAAAUUGGAAGCUUUCAUCAACUUCUGUGAAGAUACUAUCUUUGAAAUGCAACAUGCCGCCGCUAUCUCAUCUGGAGACAGUGAUACAAAAAUGGAAAGAGCAAUCAAACAGAGAGAUUACUUCUUGCAACAAACAACUGCUUCAGAUCAAAUCUCGGAGACCUUCAAGAGCGGAUACAACUACGGUAUCACAGCUGCUUCUGCUCUCAGUCCACAAAACAUCUCUACGACAAUGAAAAACGUCACCACAUCUGUCAGACAAAUGACAUGGACCCAGCUGCUUUACUCCAUCGUUAUUCUUAUCAUCAGAGCAGGAUUGGCUAUUGGAUGGGGAGCAUAUCUCCUCCUGAUGACGAUCUUCCGAUUCGCUUACUUCUUGACAACAUCAUCUGAAGAAGAAGAAUCUGCUAAACAUGAUAAUGCAAAGGAGCAAACUAAGAUGAACCAUGACCAUGCAACAUUUAGUCCUCCAAUCGUACAAGACUUCCAUCACUCUCAUGUUGGAGUAGAUGCAUUUGGAGUGGGAAUGAACGCAGAUCAUUUGAAUGUGAACUCUCUACCAGACUUUGUUCCGCCUCCAAGACCCGAAACACCUGAAACUGUGCUGCCAGAAGAGGAGAAACUACUCAAUCAAGAUAUUCCAUCGCCAACUUCUCCUGCAGCAGCUAGCAAGGCGCCAAGUAUUUAUGAAUCGAUUGGGGCACCUCAAAUGGUUCAAUUGCAAUCAGAAGCAGACUUCCAACAAGGGCAAUACGAACCAAAGAUUGCUGAAUCUAACUCGACGAAGACCAGAGGAUCGAUUCUUAACAUGCUUGCCCGAAAUUUCAAAACCAUCGAGAAGAUUACCCUUUACUUGGCCUUCUUCAUCAACGUCAUUCUACUUUUCCAUCGUGUGGAUAUCUCCCAUACAGAAAACCAGGAGGCAGCGUCGGAAGGAGACGACGAUGAAGAAGCUGUCGAAUCAAUUUUCAUCACUGGAAUGCAAUUCCCAUACGUGGAAUAUGAGAUCACUGGAUGGAUGUUAGCACAAAUUCUCUAUUGGAUUAGUGUACUCCAUUUAUCAACAUCAUUCGCUCUACUGGUUUCAUUCUAUCAACUGAAAAUUCCACUUAUCACUUUCAAACGUGAAAAGGAAAUUGCCAGAAAGCUGAUGUUCGAUGGAUGUUGGAUAACUGAAGAAGAUUCUGAAGAACUUGGAAUUGUGGACACUUUUAUGUGGUAUUUGGAUAGAAUUGUCAUCUCUGCCAAAUCAUUCCCAAUGAUGUAUUGGGACAAGUUUGUCCGCAGGAAGACCAGAUCAAAGUUCAAGGAUCAAGUCGAUGAGGAAACGCUUACAUCAAUUUUAGGAGAGGAGAAGAUGUCGACUGAUUCCAGCUACGAUUACAGAUAUUCGUGUUGGUUGUGGCUUGGAGUCAUUUUAACCAACGGACAGUUCUUAUAUCGAGUCGGAUAUCUCCUCUGCUCUGCUUGUGGAGUCUUCGUGUCACCAUUCUUCUACGCCUUCCAUCUCGUUGACGUCGUGCUCUCUUUCCCUAUGUUAAAGGCUAUUCUUCAAUCAGUUACCCACAAUUUGCAACAACUUAUUCUCACCAUCAUGAUGACACUUGUAGUCGUAUAUCUUUACACUGUCAUCGCCUUCAACUUUUUCCGUAAAUUCUACGUGCAAGAAGGAGAAGAUGGCGAAGAGCCAGAUCGGAAAUGUCACAAUAUGCUCACUUGUUUCAUCUACCAUUUCUAUGCCGGAGUGCGUUCCGGAGGAGGUAUUGGAGAUGAGCUCGAGAGUCCAUACGGAGACGAUUUGGAGUAUCCAAGAAUGUUCUAUGACAUCUCAUUCUUCUUCUUCGUCAUUAUUAUUCUUCUCGCUAUCAUGCAGGGUUUGAUCAUUGACGCUUUCGGAGAGCUUCGUGACCAACAAGAAUCUGCUACUGAGAAGCUCGAGUCAUCAUGUUUCAUUUGCGAUAUCGGAAAAGAAACAUUCGAUCGGAUGCCUCGUGGUUUCGAAAUUCACACCACCAAAGAGCAUAACUUUGCCAACUAUUUGUUCUUCCUACAACACCUGGUUAACAAAGACGAAACGGAAUACACCGGUCAGGAGACGUACGUUCGUGAGAAGUACGAUAACCGGGAUUGGGAUUUCUUCCCAGUCGGAGAGUGUUUCGUCAAGCAGUACGAAGACCAGUUACUGCAAUCAUAA